AUAGCCUGCCUAACAAUGAUUUCUUCUUUAUUUGGGUCAGGUCUUGCUGAGGACAAAUUUUUUGAGAAACCAGUGCUGAGCAUUGCAAAAGACCACAUUGUCAUCUUACCAGGAGAAGUUCUAACAAUAAAAUGCAGGGGAGCACGGCCGGUGAGCUGGCUGCUGCGGGAGGCACAGAGGGCAGACCCCCGCGUGCACAUCAGCAGCUGCCGCAACAGCAGCGGGCAGAGCUGCAGCAUGCUGCUCCUCAGGAACGUCACGGCCAGCGACACCGGGUACCUCACCUGCCUUCAUGAUGACGCCCCAUCUAGCGAGGAGCUCAUGGCCAAGAUUUACGUGUUUGUUAAAGACGACAGAAAUCCAUUUGUGGAGUUUCACCCGGAGCAUCCCAAAAUCAUCUACAUUCUGAAGACUAAGAAAACAGUUGUUAUCCCCUGCCAAGUUACUUCUCCAGAUAUCAGACCCAUACUUACUAAGUAUCCUCAUCUUGAAAGGCUAGACUUCAAGAAGAUGGUGUGGGACCCAAAAAGAGGAUUUGUCAUCCCCUCUCAUUCUUUUACUUAUUCUGGAGUACUCGCAUGCACUGCAAACAUCACUGGAAGUGUGUUCUCAUCCUAUUACCUCGUACACAAACUGGAGGGCAGAGCACAGAACCUGGCUCUGAAAGCAACUCCCAAAAAACUGCUGGUUGGAGAAACUCUCUAUUUGGAAUGCAAAGCAGAAACCUUCAUCAACGGGCGCAUUGAAUUCAUAUGGACGUGUCCUAAGGGGAGACACCCUUACCCCAGGAGAACAAUGGACCAGAGUGAACCCGUGUAUAAGGUUGGCAGCAGCCUGACAAUUGAAAAUGUCACCAUGGAAGAUGGAGGCCUAUACAUAUGCAAAACAUUCAAUGUAACGAGGCUGGAAGCUAAUGUCACCGUUACGGUGUACGACAAACCCUUCCUUGAGGUGUCGCACAAGAAGGGGCAUUACUAUGAGAUUACAUCAGGACACAAGUCACUGAAACUGGCUGCAAAGGUGGAUGCCUUUCCUCGCCCAACUGUUACCUGGUACAAAGAUGGCAAACUGAUCAAGGAUAACCAAACUUGCUACGAGCCAGACCCAGCAAAGUACAGGCUGGGCAUAAGGGAUGUGAGACCAAAGCACGCUGGGAACUACACCAUUGUCUUGAGCAAUGCAAAAUAUGGCCUGUACAAGAACCUCACCAUGCAGCUGGUAGUGACAGAGAGACCCAAAAUCUAUGAAAAGGAAACGGAUUUCGAUAAGAUCGAGCAGGUGGAAUUAAGAAGCAAGCACAAAAUCCACUGCACUGUAAGCGGGAAUCCUGACCCAAAGGUUGAGUGGAAGUGGCAGCCCUGCAGCCUCACAGACACACUAUGCAACCCUACAGGACAAAAAAUUGUGGUUGAGGAGAACAUGUUCAUAGGCAACAAGAUCAAGAGCAUUGAAAAUAUAACCAUGAAGCACGGGGACAAAAGAAAGAUUGUGAGCACACUAACAAUGGAAAACAGCAGCACAUCAGGAAUCUAUUACUGCGUGGCCUCAAAUAAGGUUGGUGAAGAAGAGAGGAGCAUUGAGUUCUAUGUCUCAGAUGUGCCAUCAGGGCUGCAGACGGCCCCACAAGUCACAGCCAUUGCAGGGAGCACUGCCCAGCUGACCUGCCGGGCCUCCAGGUACAUCUACAGCAACCUGGCCUGGUCCUACCCCUCCGUGGGGGCGGCUCAUGGCAGCUCUCUGACCCGGAGCGCUGACGCCUACUCCAUUUCCCUGACCCUGAUCAUUGCAAACGUCACAGAAGAGCACAGCGGCCUCUACAAGUGCCGUGCCCAGCACCAGCACAACGGCAGCGGCACGCUGGAGCAGCACACACGGCUCCUUAUCAGAGCAAAGGCAGCUCCAUAUGUCCUACAGAAUCUGACAGACCUGGAGGUUAAUAUCAGUGGCAAGAUCAUCCUGGAGUGCAGAGUCAGUGGAACACCAGAGCCACAGAUUAUAUGGAGCAAGGAUGGCUACCCCAUCUCAGCAGCAUCAGGAAUUUCCAUGGAAAAUAAUACCCUGGUCAUUGAGAGAGUGAAGAAGGAUGAUGAAGGGCUCUAUGAAUGCAAAGCAACCAAUGACAUGGGCCAAGACAGUACAUCAGCCUUCAUUAAAAUACAAGGUUCUGAAGAGAAAUCCAACAUUGAAGUUAUCAUUUUGGUCUGCACUGGUCUUGCAGCUACCCUCUUCUGGCUCCUUCUGACCCUUUUCAUUCGGAAACUGAGAAAACCUGAUGCCACAGAUAUUAAAACAGGAUACCUGUCAAUUAUAAUGGAUCCAGAGGAAAUGCCUCUUGAUGAGCAGUGUGACCGUCUUCCCUAUGACAGCAGUAAAUGGGAGUUCCCAAGAGACAGACUGCGGUUGGGUAAAACACUGGGUCACGGUGCUUUUGGGAAGGUGGUGGAAGCGUCUGCUUUUGGCAUUGAUAAAUCUUCAACCUGCAAAACAGUUGCCGUAAAAAUGCUUAAAGCAGAAUGUGCAACUACUAAUGAAUGCAAGGCUUUAAUGUCUGAACUGAAGAUCCUCAUCCACAUAGGACACCAUCUGAAUGUAGUCAACCUGCUGGGAGCUUGCACCAAAGCUGGAGGUCCUUUAAUGGUCAUAGUAGAAUAUUGCAAAUAUGGAAAUCUGUCCAAUUACCUACGAGGAAAACGAGGAGAUUUCAUUGCAUACAAGUCCCAGGAGAACUCUGGCCAAGCAGAGAAAACCCUGGAUGAGUCCAGCAGCGAUUUGACCGAGCUGAUCAAGAGACGCCUUGAGAGUGUAGCCAGCACUGGGAGCUCUGCCAGCUCAGGAUUUAUUGAAGAUAAGAGUUACAGUGACUCUGAAGAGGAUGAAGAAGAUGCUGAAGAUCUGUACAAGCGGCCACUGACUUUGGAGGACCUGAUUUGUUAUAGCUUCCAAGUGGCAAAAGGGAUGGAAUUUCUCGCCUCCAGAAAAUGCAUCCAUCGGGACUUGGCAGCAAGGAACAUCCUUCUUUCUGAGAACAAUGUGGUGAAGAUCUGUGACUUUGGGCUAGCCAGGGACAUUUACAAAGACCCUGACUAUGUACGGAAAGGAGAUGCAAGACUUCCACUCAAAUGGAUGGCUCCAGAAGCAAUUUUUGAUAAAAUUUACACAACACAGAGUGAUGUAUGGUCUUUUGGAGUUCUGCUAUGGGAAAUAUUUUCUCUAGGUGCCUCUCCAUACCCCGGAGUGCAGAUAGAUGAGGACUUCUGCCGACGGCUCAAGGAAGGAACCCGGAUGAGAUCACCAGAAUAUUCUACUCCAGAAGUCUACCAAACAAUGCUGGACUGCUGGCAUGGAGUGCCCACAGAGAGGCCCACCUUCACUGAGCUUGUAGAGCGCUUAGGAGACCUUCUCCAGGCCAAUGUACAGCAGGAUGGUAAAGACUAUAUCCCACUGAACAUUACCUUGUGUCCUGAUGGAGAGCCUAACUCCAAAACUUGCCCAGUGGAGGAAAAAUUGAACAACUGUGUUAAUCGCUGGAGUGCAGUGGAAACUGGCAGCAGCAGCAAAAGGCGCCCUCUGAGUGUGAAGACGUUUGAUGAAGUUUCAGUGGGAAAGGAGAAGGUGAUGCAUGAGGAGUCAGACAGCGGGAUGGUGUUGACAUCAGAUGAGAUAAAAAGUCCAAAGAGGCUGGAAAUCCGCUCCUGGCCUUAUGGGAUCAUGGCACUCGCGCGGCGAGCUGUUAGCAAGAGCAAAGAGUCCAUCUUAUCUGACCAUGAACGUGAAGCUGUCAAAUACCUGCCCGCAGUGCAGGUUGAAGAGGACACCAUGGACUUCCCACUAGAAGACUCGGUGCUCCUUCCUAUGGAUCCAAGCCUGGAGUGCCACAGCCCACCUCCGGAUUACAACUCUGUUGUGCACUGCUCUGCACCCCCAGUGUAACCAGUGCUGGUGCAGGGCCUUCGGUGCUUCAUUUGGCCAUGAUGGAUUCCAUAAAAAGGCUGCGUGCCAACAAAGGGGGAACUCAGCAGCACACUGGUUCUUAUGUUUCAUCUGGCACAUCUCUGAUGUGAACAGAAAAUCUUUAAGAGCAUCCCUUCUCUAUCUUUAAAGGCCUAUUGCAAAAUAUGUGGUAAAUUAGAACACUGCCUAUAAGAAUUGUUAAUAGGAGCUGUAACCCGGAACUGCUUCCAUCCUUCCUCCCUUAGCAGGGAUUGUUUAUUAACCAUAUUUUACACCGUAAGUCAACAAGAGUCACCAUUCACGAUAGCUGUGACAAUAUUGAUCCUGCUGGUCCAUCUUAGGGGUUGCUUGGUGUGAGGCUGGAAGGGAUCAGCUGUUAAUUACAGCCAUAAACUCUAAUGUUUUGUUUUUGAAGAGAAUCCAAAAAUUAAAACAUUUAUCUUAACUUGGGAACUCACCUUCAGUAAAUGUUUCUAGAAUAUUUUGAAAUCCAAAAUAUGUUUAUUACAAUUUGUGAUCUAACAAUUUCCACUGCCAAGAGGAUCCACUCCCCAAACGACACAGCAGAGAAGCAGCCAGCAUCCAUGUAUAUAUAUAUACAUAUAUAUGUAUAUAUAUAUAUAUACAGUGUUGUUAAAUGUGAUGCCCUGUUUUCCCUCCUUGUUCAAACAGCAACUUCUUUAACAUUAUGCAAUAGGGAGCCAUGAUGGAGAUGCAUCUGUAGUGAUUGCAAGGCAUCAGCACUGCAUUAAGUAAGAACCUUAAGCUUAUGCAGGAGGUAUUUCCCAGCACAUGUGCACAUCUGUGUGAAUGUGCAUAAAAUACUCAUCCACAAUAUGAGAGUGACACAUGAACGCACAAAUAACCUUGAGGCAUCAGCAGUGUAGCAGCAUUUCUCUGUUCCUUUCUGAACACAGAUUAUUUAAAAUUGGGAAAAAAAGCUCUUCCUUUGAAUUCUGUGGCAGAUGCCCAACAGUUUGAUCUUGGAAAUACCAGCCCAUUCUCAGCUGUGAGCAUAUGUAAAACACACUUGUCUCCAGCUGCUUGCCAAGGUAAAUACUGCUACGAUAUGCCAUGCCUUCUGUAUCUAAACCCGUCACGAGUGCUGCAAAGAUUUUUGGAAUCCACUCAUGCCAGUGUGAAUGGAUCACAAAUUCUCACAUCUGAGAAAUUCAAAGCGUGUUAUCCUUAUGCAAAAGCGGCGUGCAGCAGGGACUGCUGGCCUACAGGUGUGCACACCAGCUCCCACGCACACCCCGACCAUCCUCACAGCAACCUCAGAACCAAGCCACUAAUCCUUGUCAUUUAAUGUGCUGGGAAAGAACCAGUGCUGACACUAGAAAUCUAGGAGGGGAUAAUGCAUGGAGUUUUCAGGUAGAAAAAGCAAAGAUAAAAAAGAUGUAUGUUGACAGCCGAGCCUAUAACUUCCUAAUACAAACCCAGACCUGGAUAUGACUUUGUACAGUUUAUUUCAAGGUCUGCAUAACCCUUGCCUGUUCUUUUUUAGAAUUGAUACUCUAAUUAGACUUCUUUAGAGAAAGAAAUUUUGUUCUUAACUACAAACUAAAAUGAUUACAAAUUAAUUCUUUUCUAAUUCUUGCCAAACAAUUAUUUUACCUUGGUGAAGACAGCCUAAACGCUCUUGCAGCAAUGAAGACAAUAUUUCUGGAAGACAGGUUACAGUUGGUUGCAUUGAAAUAAACAGAAAAAGCCUCAGGUAUGAUCAAAGGGGAAAAAUCCCCAAAGCCCAUGCCAUCCUAACUGUGAAUGCUAAAGCAUCUGGUGGAAGGGCUCUUGGGAACCAUGUCUUGUUCUCCUCAGCCUCAGAUUUGAGCUGUUUAAGAAAUCACCUGCAGGAGCCCAUGGGCCAUUGCUCAUAGUGAGCCUGGCAAAUAACUGUGGUCUGUAGUUGCUUUAUGGCCAUUUUUGCACUUCUUUGUAUGUUAGUGUCUAUGUAUGAAGUAAAGUUGGUCAAGUAACAGAAUACUGGGAAAUAAUUCAUCUGAUAGGUCACAGAAAGCUCACUGAAUCAGUUUUUCAUGAAAUAGGAAGUUAUUUAUAGCUCUGAUCAAAUAACAAAUCACUUAUUUGGAAAAUAAUUUGUUCAGGUGGCAGAAAGAAAAAGAAAGGUGCCUAUGGUUUGUCUGGCUCUGCUGUUACUGGCAUCAAUCAGCAUGAGGUGGUUUGUUGUUGUGCCUUGUUGUGUAGCAGAAGAAAAUGACAAUGUUUUAAAACCUCUGCUUAUAAACUUUGAAAUAAGCACACGUAGGAAAACAAAAAAGUGCAACUCUGUUCUCAGUUUUAAAAAAGAUUGGGAAAUGCUGCUGUUUGAAGUGCCUUCUUCCAAGAGAGCCGAGCACACUGCCUUUCCUCCUUAGCAGGGAUGAAAUGUUUAUUUUAAGUUGAAGGUUUUUCCCCCUAUGGUAACUGUAAGAAGCAAAAAUAUUACCUAAAAGUAUUACUGAACAUACGUGUUUUCUAUUUUAUUUACUAAUAUUUUGUCUUUUUCUCUCCUCCCUUAAUUUAAUUAUUGUUCUUUUCUUACAAUGAUGUAUAUAGUUUACCCAGUAGGAAAAAUGUAGUGAUUCAUUUAUAUGGUAAUAUUUGUAACAUUUUAGUCAAAAGAUGCGCAGACAUAGCAGAGUUAAGGAUCUUCAUAAAGCAUUUCACUGACACUUGCAGGUUGCAGCACUCAGUGGUGCCAGCUCACGGCGGUGCUCUGCUGGCCCUCGUGUCCCAGCUCUCACUUGCUUUCCACAGUCAGUUUCAGUAAGGAAGCAGGGACCUCCAGGAUUCCAGCAGGUUUAGCUCAUUCCUGAAAGUGUCACUUUGCAGCUCAAGGCAAAGGGGAGGGAUUUCCACUGUUUCUGUUUUAACUAAAGGCUGGUGUAUCAGCUAGAGCAUCAGAAGGAGCCAAGUUGUCUAAGUGAGGUAACGUUUAGUAGUUUUUCAGAUGUCUCAGGGAUUCUUAUUCAGCUCUUAUUUGUCGCCUGCCUUUUCUAAUCUCACUGAACUCAGUGGAAUCGAAUAUUGAGAAGUAUCUUUGUUUCCUUAAAGGACCCCACUGUCCUGUUUUUCUUCUUGUAACUCUGUAUAAUUGGGGCAGAGGAGCUUAGAGCUCACAACAAAUGUGCUCUCUCCUCCCAGCAGCCUCCAGCCAUAAAGUCUGCCAAAAAGUGCCUUCCCCUGUGCACUAUGAGCAGCCAGGUGGGUUUGGCAGCCUGGGCCCCUACUUCCUUUGCUCUACUUGUUGUCUGUGUGCUGGUAUUUACCCAUCACAGCUUGAUGCUUUCCUCUUUUGAGUUAGGUCAGAUAUAGAGCCCAUCUCACAGUGGUAUUUUGUGCAUCCUCUGUUCUUGCAGAGGCUGAACUAGACACACUGAAGUAAGCUUUUUUCCCACAUCAAAAAUGUUUCCAAUAUAGGCACAGUUUACUCUGAUGUGCCUGGAAGCAUCUCUGUAUCCUUCUCUGAAUGAGAGAAGCUUUUUCACUCUUCUAAUUUUUCAAUUUUUGGUGUCUGUAGAGAGAUGAAGUUUGGUGUCUAUCUAUAUGAGCCUCACCUUCCUCUUAGAGCUUUCUCAAACAAUUUGAUUUCUCUUUGGUUCUUACAAAUUAACCCCAUCAGAAGGGAUGCCAGGGUGCUGGGCCCACACCAUCUGCACAGGAUAUCAAAGAAGGCCAGAUAAAAACGUAAAGUCUUUCUGAAUAGCGAGCUCAAACAAAAACACUGACACUUGAACCCCCUGAAUGCUGACGAUGCAAACAUUCACAGCUGCCUGCAGGCAUAGCUGCUCUGCUUAGACAUUUCACUAACAUGCUCAACUCUCCAGGCAUCCAGCCUGCCAUCUACCUAGGGCAACCUGGAGUGGCCAGGCACUUCUUUCCUUGCAUUUAUGCAUUGUAUACUGUAAAAAUGCUUAUCAAUAUGUUAGCUUGUAACUGGCCAGUAAUCAGCUUAUGACUUUGCUUCUCAAUGACCCUUCAUGUUGAGCACUGGUUCUGCCUUGCCAUGCACCAUCCUGCUUUACAAAUUCCAUCUGGCUCAAUCCCAGCUGAAAGGAUGUUUGGGACCAAUGUCUCUAGCUGUCACUAGCACCAAAUGGGUGCUGCCAGGACUCAGCAGCAAAUAGGAAAUAGCUGUACAACAAAGUGAGGCAUUAUCGUGUGUUCCUGAAACCAGGAAUUGGCCAGGAUCACAACUUGGAUCUAUUUUUUUCUUUUGAUAAAGUGAAUGGAAAAUACAGAAGGUAGCAAUGUUUCUUUUGUCCUAUCCUACAGAUAGUAAUGACCAAGACCUGUGAUCCAUUUUCCUGGUUUUGUGCUGUGACACAUAAAAGAAAAAAGGCAGAAAGAAUUUUGGUUAAGUACCAACCUAGCUAGUAAAAUUCAGGGAGGACUUCUGGAUUUGAUCCUAUCAAGAGUCAGUCACUGUAUAGGAUAUAAAGGUUCAGCACAAGCACUGACUUCUUUCUGUGAUGCAUGUGUUGGUUUCAUAUUUUCUUAACAUAGACUGAUUCACUUGGGACCCCAAGCAAAUGCAGUGCCCUAAGGGCAUUGGUUGUAGGAAGACCUGUGUGGUGUGCAGUGAGCAGUGUUCUGUUGUCCUGCUGGCAAUCCUGUGCCACAAGAGCCAGCACAUACUUACUGCUCCGGUCAUUUCUUCUUGGAUCUUGAGCUGUCAAAGCAGCUAGUGAAAACUGGGGAAGCCCAGUAACUGAGGACUCAGAGAAAAUAAACUAAGUGCCAUGUAAUACUCAAAACACCAAGGAAUGUAUGUCUGCCCUGUUCCUGUCUGUCUGCAGAAUGUAUGCACUGAAAACAACGCUUUCUUAUGUAGUCAAAAAAUGUACUGUAUCUAUUAACCAAAAAAUAAAAAGAUUCUAUAUUUAUACAG